AUGUCUGCUGAAAAUAAUCAGCCAUCAGGAGCAUCAUCUCCUCACUCUCCCACAGCUUCCCCGCAUUCCACACAGAGCUUAUCUACAGGGGAAGAGAAUACUGAAAUAAAACUAGAUGAGGAAAGUUGUCAGGAUGAAUCUCUAUUUCCUAAAGAGGAAGAGUAUCUGGAGGAGGAAGAGCACUUGGGGGAGGAAGAGUUUCAGGAGGAGCAAGAGCAUCUGCAGGGGGAAGAGUAUCUUAAUGGGGAAGAGCAUCUGGAGGAGGAAGAGCAUCUGGAGGAGGAAGAACAUCUGGAGGAAGAAGAGCAUCUGGAGGAGGAAGAGUAUCUGGAGGAAGAACAGCAUCUGGAGGAGGAGGAGUAUCUGGAGGAGGAGGAGUAUCUGGAGGAGGAAGAGCAUCUGGAAGAGGAAGAGCAUCUGAAGGGGGAAGAGUAUCUACAAGAGAAAGAGUAUCUGAGGGGGAAAACAUAUCCAUAUGAAGAGUCUCUGCUUGAAAAUUAUCUGAAAGAGGGUGAGUAUCUGGAAGAGAGCAAUUAUCUAAAGGAGGAAAAGUAUCUACAAGGGAAGAGUACCUGGAAGGAGGACCAGGCAGUGGAGAGGGAACAUGAGUGCCAUUUAUUUGUCUGCUUGGUGGCAAAUAGGAAAGAACUCAAGGCAUUGAAAACCAAGCAUCAUCUUGACACACGGAGCCCAGACACCGACUCCUCUCAAGCCACCACUCCCUCCACUGUCUCACGGACCAGUGAAGUUACCUCUUCUCACGUCUACGAACCUGUCAUGGGGUCUCCUUAUGUUCCCCGGACGCCUUCUCCACCCCUCAUGGUAGACAAGGCCAAUCAGACGGAGUGGGCCUACGAGGGCGUUCUGGUGACAACUGUAAAAUCGAAAUUAGAAACAGAUCAAGAAACCACCAUGAAGUCUGGUUCAGAAGUCAUGGAGUUUGUUUCAAAUGCGAACUUCUGGGAGACUGUAUCAGAGGAACACAUGGAAAGGCUGGAAGUUGAAGACUUUGAGCAAAAUUUUCUCACCAGCUCCUAUCAGUCAAUUUUUAAGACAAUAGUCAAAGAAAUGACUGCUCUCAACGAAGUAGAAGGAGACGUUGACAUUCCCCUGGCUAACCUCGUGGAGAGUGGAAACAGAAGGAAACUGGCAACUCUGCUGAAGAAAAAUUAUGAAAAGUACAAGGAAGCACUCUUGUGGCUCAUGAAGAAACGUGAUGCCUUCAACUAUGCAGAGCUUAUGCUAGGACACACACCCCCCUCCCCUCCCAUGCCUGUUGGAGACCUACCUUCCACUGGCAGUCUCAGCUUCAAAGCCUGGUCGAGUUCCCUUCUGCGAGCUCUCGUGGUGGCCCAUGUUGGCCCAGAACAUCAAGGUGACGGAAAAUUUGUUCUCUAUCCCAAUAAGAAUGUCUUCCAAAUUCUCUUUCCUGAUAAGACAGGCCAGAUGUAUUAUCCGUCAGGAAACCUGGCUAUGCUCAUCUUCUGUAUGAAAAGCGAAACGUUCACGUACAUCAUCCUGGAAGACAGUAAGGACCUGCAGGUCCGGGCCCUUAUCAACAACUCUGGCCAUGCCACCUUCUAUGAUGAAAAUGGAAAUAUCUGGCUAAGCCUGAACCCCAACCUGGGCUACUACUUCCUCAAAGACCAACACCAGAGAGCCUGGAACUGGUGGAAUCUGGACAUCCACGUCCAUGCGCCCCCUGUCAGGCACAUCUGCCUGAAAAUCAAUCGUUACAUCCAGGUUCACAUAAGGAGCCAGGAUAAGAUCAUCUUCUGCUUUGCCCACAAACGGAAGCGGGUGUCUAUAAAUAUGGGCACCAAGUACAAGUUCAUAAUCCCGGAGGUGCUAAGUGAAAUGAAGAGGAAAGCGAUCCUGGAGGCGGAAGCCAGGCCCCUGGGUCAGAAGAUCCAGAUCCUUCUGGGAAAAAUAAGUAAGGUCCUGAGUUACCAGACUGUCUCUGAUUUGGAAACCUUCAUAGCGGACACCAAGAUCUUGCUAACAAACAAAAUAUAA